AUGCCUCAGUCCAAGCAAUGCAGCAUGUCAAGCUUUAAGCAUGGUGUCUUCCGAUGGGCCAAGCGCGCCAACCCUGAUGCUGCUCUUCAUGGCGAGCAUGGCGGCAACCGACGACCCACUUUGAGGAAAAUCCUGGAUUACGCCAAAUUGAGAAACAGAUCCAAAAAAGAGGAUGAUGCUAUGCAACGCUACAGUAAAGGGAUCGACUUUGUUGGUGAACUUCCAGUGGACAUUGUUAUUUCAAAACUCAUUCCAAUGUUCAUGGAUCAUUAUAUCGAUUCAUGGGGUCCAUGCGAGUACUUGUAUGUGUCGAAACGAUGGCGGGAUCGGAUUGUUCAAUGUUUCCAAGGAUUGCAUUUUUGGGUGCCUGAUGAGGAGGAGCGUACGCAGCGAUGUUUACAACUUGUUCAAUUUCCUCAGUAUGCAAAGGCAUUACGCGUUGAAUGGUACGGCAGAUGGUGGAUGGAUGAUUUAUUACGUGAGCUCAACCUUUGUUCAUUACGAGAGCUUGUUGUGAAUGGGCCGGAUGAUACCAUGGAUCGUUUUCUGCCAACAUUGAGAUCGUUCAGCAGGAACCUGAGGCAUCUUACUAUUGACCAUUUGCAUGUAUCCUUAUACGACCUCUUAUUGGCUUGCCCCAAACUCACUUCCUUGACCCUAUCCGUAUACUAUCAUGUCACUUUCGACUAUAUCGGAUUGACAACAUGGCCCACUCUCACAGCACUCUCCAUCAGCCAUGUAUCGGGACCUAUUACGUGUGAUGAAGUGACACUCAUUUGCAAGAGUUUUCCUGCACUCCAAAAGCUUGAACUUCGUUCAUGUGCUGAUAUUCAAUGUGUACUCGUUGUCUCAGAAUCUUUUCCCUCUCUCACGUACCUUUACAUUUGUGUCUACAGCAAUGCUGUCAGGAUAAAGUUUUUGGAUCAAGGACGGCAACAACAUGCACAAGGGAUAACGCAUCUCGAUAUUUGCGGUUCUACACAGCCAAACAUCACUUGCAAAGAUAUCUUUUCCUUAUUAAAAAAGCAUCAUACAACACUUGAGCGGCUGAAUUGGGGGAUGAGACUUGACAAGGAUGAUUAUGACGUGUUCAGCUUGGUGUAUCCUCGUCUCACAAAACUUUUACUCGGCUGUUCAGGAUGGUGGAUGUUACGUAACGCUCCCUUGCUUGAAGAAUUGUAUAUAACAUGCGACACUAUCAAGGAGCAUCCUGCUGUGCUUGGUAGGAUACCAGCCAAUCUGCAAAAGUUAAGGAUGGACAUUACUUCCUACUCCCCAUUCCCAUAUAUGACCUCCAUCACACGCUAUUUCAGACGCUACCAUGCUCGAGCAUAUUCUUUGAGCCAGCUUAUUAUAUAUACACGCAAGAUGAAAGAUGUCGAGAUGAUGCUUGAAAGUAUUUGUCACUUGAAUCAACUUGAUCGUUUGAUGAUCCAGUAUUUGAAUUGGGACGUCACCCAAAUGGAAAUCUUUAUUGACCAACUUGCCAACGGAUGUCGUCGUUUAUCAUGCCUCAAGCUCUUUUCUCGGACAAUGCCAUCACCACAUGCUGUCAAUGCAUUGAAACAACUUGAACACCUAAACCACUUUGCAUUUAAGAUUGAAGAAAAGGAUCCUACAGGCGGCAAGUUUUGGGAUGCCAUUGAAACAUUGACACAAAUCAAGUGUAUUGAGAUUUAUUGCAUAAAGACGUUCCAGCUUUCGGAAAUGAGACGCGUCAAGGGAAAAAGACCAGACAUGGAGAUGAUUAUUAACAGGGAUGCCGUACCCUUUUGA